AUGUUGAUCGCAAAGCGCAUGCGAACAUCGAGAGUUUUGAAAUCGAAGACCAAGAAGAUGGUAACAACGUUAUCCCACUUGAUGGUCAGGUCAAUCAGCGCAAGCCUGGAAAUGAGCAGGUGUCAUCGAUGGUCAUCGGCAAAGCAAAAGAAAGUAAAAGAUCAUAAAAAGAAAAUACGAGUGGUAGUGACAGAUGACGACGUUCGGCACGAGCGAACAGCAAUUACCCUUGAUGACGGAGAGACAACUGAUCGACUACAAGUAGCCAGCAAAGACGUCGCUAUCCAGACUGAUUCCCCACGCAAGUUUGACAGGCUGCAUCUAAACUUGAAUGUAGCAGAAGAAACAGUUGAUAAGAGGCAAGUGAUAGUAGCAGCGGCGGCAGAUGAUAAUACACUUGAUGACUCCAUCAAUCGAAAUCGUCGAGUGGUAGAAGAUGUUACUGGAAAACAAAAUCCGACAACUACGAACAUCAUCAACAAUAUCAAAAUGAACCUUGGUCCUAUUGUAGGAUACGCUGAAGAGCGUUUAUUGCCACUUUCGAAAGCAUGUGCUCCGCUGACCAACAUCAUCCCCGAUUUAUCGGUCUACGUUCAAAUGGCACUCGACAAAACCCCAGAAGAGCCACCUGACGGACUGACGAUCGACGAGAGUGCUGCAAUUCGGCUCUACACGAUCGAAUGGGAAGGACCGCACCGAAGUCUCUAUUCGAUACUCAAUUACACCCUCAAGACGGCGGAUCGUGAGGAUCUUCGACCCUAUUUCAAGUAUCUGAAACUGUUCUUGACUGCCCUGGCCAAAUUACCAUGCGUCCCACAGCUGACGAUCUGGCGAGGGGUAACCAAAGAUUUGAGCGCAGAUUUUCCACCCGGCACCCUGAUGACAUGGUGGGCAUUUUCAUCAUGCACAACUGCACUGACCGUGCUCGAGAACAACAUAUAUUUAGGCAAUACAGGUGAGCGGACGCUCUUCUCCGUCGAAGCCAUUAACGGUCGAACAAUACAAGCACAUUCGCAUUUUGUUACCGAAGAUGAAAUUCUUCUUCUGCCUGGUACUCACAUGGUGGUUCAAUCGCAAUUCACUCCGGCGCCCGAUCUCCACAUCAUCCAUUUGAAACAGAUAAUACCGGAAGAAAUGCUACUAGAGCCUCCAUUCGAAGGUGCAUAUCUUUAUCCAAAAAUCAAAGUAUCUGGAAAACCAAAAUCACAAGGAACCAAGCACUGA